AUGUCCGAGGAGCGCAGCAAGAUCUCCCUCCGGAGCGGCCCCAAGCGCAAGGGUCGCCCAACCAUCUCCGCGCCGAGGCAGAUCUCGAGUCCCAUAACGCAGGAUGAGGCGAUCAAAGGCGGUGCCCCCGGGCCCAUUGAGCCCGUCCCUCAGCCUCGUCUGCGGCCAGGUCCCUCAACCAGAGGAAAGACCUCAGACCUCGUCAAGCAGCGAUACUCGACGCGGUUCAACAACCUGCCCGCCGAUUUCGACCCCUCCGCGCCGCCGAUGCCCGCUAUGCCCUCAAUUGACAGAUACGAGCAGGCGGAGCGCCGACCGCCGCCGUCGCGAGGGGGCGCCGCCCCCGUGCUGGACAUCAAGACCCUGCGAGACCCCAACCUCGUGCCCGACCAGUACGUGUCCAAGGUCCUGGGCGACGCCACCGAGGAGCAGAUCCAGGAGUUUGAGGAGACGCUGCGGAAGCUCAAGGCGCGUGCUGCGACGGACCUGCAGCAGAACCUGAUGCAGAACCGCACGCAGUUCAUCAAGAUUAGCAAGGAGGCCGAGAAGCUCAAGGGCGAGAUGCGGGCCCUGCGCAACCUGAUGGCUGACCUGAAGACGAAUACUACCGCACUGCGGGCGGCCUCGAUGAAGAACGACGAGCCGGCCAGUCUCCCGGGGCGGGGACCCGCGGGCUUGAGCAAGCGAGACAAAAGGAGCUCCGUUGCGGAUAGGAGCGCACUUUGGAACUCUCAGAUGCAAGCUUUGUACAAGAACGUUGAGGGGUCCCAGAAGUUUCUGCCCAACGCUGCGGGCCGCCACGUCGUGCAGAACGCCGGCCCGUGGAUUGAGCUGGACAAUGCGACGUACAAGUCUCGGAGAGCGAUGCAAAUCUUCUUGCUCAACGACCACCUGCUCAUUGCAUCACGCAAGAAGCGCAAGGUGGACGCUCCCAACACCGACACGUCCCGGGGCCCCAUGAUCAAGCUGGUCGCUGAUCGGUGCUGGCCGCUUCUGGAUGUCGAGGUCGUCGACAUGCCCGGCACCGGAGAGUCUUCCGGUGGCAGAAAUAAGCUGGCCGACGCCAUUAUGGUCCGCGGUGGCGGCCAGGAGUCUUUCAUCUACCGCACCGAGAAGCCUGAAGAUUCCGAGAAGAAGUCGCUACUUCUCAAUGUGCGGAAGGCGGUCGAGGAGCUUCGCAAGGGCCUGCAGUCCGAGAUGGAGGCCAACAACAAGGCGCGCGAAACCAUCAACUACUUUGCCUCGCGCGACCCGGGUCUGCUGCAGAAGACGGAGCUCCUGGAGACACUGUCUGACAUCAAGGACAUGCUCAUCGAGGUUGACGGCAAGCAGCAGAACCUCCGGUGGGUCGAGAGCCAGAUGGACGAACUCGACAUUGACGUGUCGCUUCAGAGGAUCGAGCCAGCUGUGGCUCGUGUGGAGAAGCUCAAGGGACUUGCGCGGGGGCUUAAGAGCAACGUUGUCGCGCAAGAUUUCAUCGACUUCAAGGUCGAGGAGCGGUGCUCCAAGCUGGCGGGCAUACUGAUCCACGAGGUUGAGAUGACGCACAACAACCAGUCCAAGACGAAGCGCAAUGUUAGCUGGCUAGCACGGCUCGGGUUUGAAGACAGGGCCAGGGAAGCGUAUCUGGCAGCGCGAAGCGACACUAUUCACAAGCGAGCGAGGCAAUGCAUCUUCCAGGGCGACCUGCACCUGUACAUCUGGCAGCUCUCGUUUGUCUACUUCACCAUCAUUCACAACACGAUGCAGUGCUUCCAGGGUUGCUUUCCGCCGCCCAUGAUGAGCGCGUGCGUCAAAUGGGCCAAGGAGCAGGUGGAGGCGUUCAACGCCAUCCUCGCGAGACAGCUGAGCAGCACCGAGCGUGGGGGGCAGGUCUGGACGCAGUGCAUGGAACGGGCAAAGGAGCACGCGCAGAAGCUAUCUGACGUCGGACUGGACUUUAAGGACCUUGUGGGCAGGGGCCUCGAGGAGGAGGCCGCCGCCCAUGCGUCUGCCGGCGCGGCAACGGCGACGCCGGUGGGCUUAGGGUUGGCGUAG